AGCAUGGGUGCAAGCAUAUAGCACAGAGCCCAGCCUGAAGGGUUCUUCAGAGACCCUGGCUUUCUCUCCAGAAAAGGGACGUGUCAUAAUCCAAGACUGCUGAAGAAAAAUUUCUGCAGUACAUAAAAUUCUGCCUGUAGGAAUAAAGAACAGUAUGCACCUUUCCUUUUAAAUGUUUUCUAUUUUUCUUCCCUCUUUCAUGUGAUGGUGGAUAAAUGGCAGGCAAAAAGCGAGAACUUCAGUUACAGGCAGUCAUCGAUAAUCAAAGCCUAUGGGAUGAGAUGUUGCAGAACAAAGGCCUGACAGUGAUUGAUGUGUACCAAGCCUGGUGUGGACCUUGCAAAGCCAUGCAAACUUUAUUCAGAAAAUUGAAAAAUGAGCUGAAUGAAGAUGAAAUGCUGCAUUUUGCUGUAGCAGAAGCUGACAGUAUUGUAACUUUGCAGCCAUUUAGAGAUAAAUGUGAACCUGUUUUUCUCUUCAGUGUUAAUGGCAAAAUUAUUGCAAAAAUCAAGGGUGCCAAUGCACCACUUGUUAAUCAAAAGGUUAUUACCCUGAUCAAUGAGGAGAGAAAAAUCGCAGCAGGUGAAAUGGUCCGCCCUCAGUAUCAUGAAGUUGCACUUGUAGACUCAGAUUCAGAAGAUGCUGGGGAAACAUGCUAUGAAAAUGUUGAUGAACUAUACAGUAUUGUUAUUAUCAAUCCCGAUGCUGUGAAUGCUAGAAAAGUUCUAGAAAUUAAAGACAAAAUUAUCAACGCGCAAUUCGUCAUAGAAGCAGAGGAUAAGGGACUGCUCACAGCAGAACAAGUAAGGUACUUCUAUAGUCAAAAGGCAGACGAGCCUGACUUUGAAGAUUUUGUUUCUUUUAUGACAAGUGGCCUCAGCUACAUUCUAGUUAUAUCUCAGAAAAAGGAACAAGCGCCUCCCCAGGAUGAAAGUGAAGCUAAUUCUGAGACGGAAGCUAGAGAAACAUGGGACGACCAGCAGGAGAUGGCCACGUGCGUGGGGAUGAAGCAUAAGCAGGACAGUUUACAAGAAUAUAUGAGAAGACAACAUCUAUCUCAGUUUUGUGAUGUUGAAGAGAAUAUAACUAAUACUAAGCUUAUUGACGUCUUCUUCCCUGAUUUUAAAAUAAUGAAAGGCAUAAAAUUAGAAAAGAUACUGGCAUUGCUUCGACCAGAUCUCUUUCAUGAAAAGAAAGAGGAUGUGUUGAAUAUUAUUCAAGAUGAAGGCUUUAAAAUAAUGAUGCAGAGACAAAUAGUAUUAUCAGAAGAGGAAGCCCAAACACUGUGCAAGGAAUAUGAAAAUAAAGAUUAUUUUGAAAAUCUUAUCAAAAACAUGACCAGUGGUCCAUCUCUAGCUCUUGUUUUAUUAAGAGAUAAUUGUUUAAUGCAUUGGAAACAGUUAAUUGGACCAAGCACUGUUGAAGAAGCCAGAGAACAUCUCCCAGAGAGUUUAUGCACACGAUUUGCCAUGGAAAGUUCACCUAUCAACCAGUUGUAUGGAAGUGAUUCAUUAGAAGCUGCUGAAAGGGAAAUACAGCAUUUCUUUCCUCCUCAACACACGGUAGCACUGAUUAAACCUCAUGUAUCACCAGAACAAAGAGAGGAUAUCCUGAAGCUUAUUAAAGAGGCUGGGUUUGACAUAACACAGGUGAAGGAAGUGCUCCUAACUGAAGACCAAGCAGACAAAGUUUAUUUUAAAAUAAAAGGAAAAGCAUUUUAUAAAGAUGUAUUGGAAAUUUUAUCUGAGGGUCCAUCUUUGGUCAUGAUUCUGACCAAAUGGAAUGCAGUGUUAGACUGGAGACGAUUGAUGGGCCCCACAGACCCAGAGGAAGCAAGACUACUGUCUCCGGACUCUGUCCGAGCCCAAUAUGGAAGAAGUAUUUUGAGAAAUGCUGUCCACGGAGCCUCUAAUACCCUAGAGGCAAUGGAGACCAUUAAUAAAAUGUUCGAAGGCUUUCUUGCUGAGAAUCCUGAGGAAAACUAA